AGGACCAACAUCCACAUCAACGACAACGUCCUGCACUCGGCCCACGAGAUGGGGGUGGAGAAGGUGGUCUCCUGCCUCUCCACCUGCAUCUUCCCGGACAAGACCACCUAUCCCAUCGACGAGACCACGAUCCACAACGGCCCCCACAGCUCCAACUUUGGCUACUCCUACGCCAAGAGGAUGAUUGACAUCCAGAAUAGGGGUUAUUCUGAGCAGCACGGCCGGCGCUUCACCGCCGUCAUCCCCACCAACGUCUUCGGGCCGCACGACAACUUCAACAUCGACGACGGCCACGUCCUGCCAGGCCUCAUCCACAAGGUCCACCUGGCCAAACAGUCCGGCUCCGCCCUGACCGUGUGGGGAACGGGAAAGCCCAGGAGACAGUUCAUCUACUCCCUGGACCUGGCCCGGCUCAUCCUGUGGGUCCUGCGGGAAUAUGACGAGGUGGAGCCCAUCAUUCUGUCAGUGGGAGAAGAAGAUGAGGUGUCCAUCCGGGAGGCGGCGGAGGCCGUGGCCGAGGCCAUGGAUUUCAGGGGAGAGCUGGUUUUUGACCCCAGCAAGGCGGACGGGCAGUUCAAGAAGACGGCCAGCAACGCCAAACUGCGGCGGUACCUGCCCGGCUUCCAGUUCACUCCCUUCAGGAAAGCCGUGAAGGAAACCUGUGCCUGGUUCGACGCCAACUACGCCGACGCCAGGAAGUGACGGCCCCGGCAUCGCCGGGAUCCUCCUCUUCCAACUCAGGGUUGUCCUUUGCUGGGGCAGAGGAUGGGGCUGAGGGGGGUGACAGGGAUAAUUCCAAAGGAAAAAAAAACAGGGAGCCCAGGGAGCAGCUCCCACAUUCCUGCCCCGUGCCGGGAGCGGCGCGGGACGCCCGGGGCAAGGAGGGGCAGGAAGGUCGGGGCAUCCCAAAGGGAUCCCGAAUUAGAGGGUAGGAAGGAGCCACCGUGGUGGUGGUGGUGGUGGCCGAGAGGCUGGUGAGCUGUUAAUGAGCUGUGUUAAUUACCUGUAAUUAGGCCUAGUAACGGGAAGGGCAUUGGGAUUCCACGGCACAAGGGACAGGGAUUCGCUGUUGGCUCUUGGCACGUGGGGAUGAUCCCACGGGAUAAAAGGGGGCCAGAGUGGGGAAAGACUCCAGCUGGAAACGUGGCGUUUAUUAAAAUAUAUGCAAAUCACCAAA